AUGUCUCCGAGGUAUACGGAGACCGCUGUCGGCAACGCCUCGUCCGUCAAAGCCAGCAGCAGCCGCGACCCUUCUCUACAUUCCGACUGUUCACCCUUCAAUAACGGCCUUAGUGCUCUCACCGAGAUUGCAACGCCUGAGCCUCUCCAAAGAGACCAUCUCGAGGCUCAUCCUUGUCUCGAACAAGGUCUUUCAGACAUGCGGCAUACCGGCGCUGAAGUGGGCGGCGAUUCUGAUGCAGCCCUAACUGAGAUUGUAGCACCGCCGCCAGUACAGAGACACGUCGAGCAGCUGGCCCUACGACCAAUAUCUCUUGAAAGAAGUCUCUCGAAUGCCUCCCGGCAUGGCUCGGCGCGAAAGCCGAAGACCAGGUCUUGUAUCAUCUUCUAG